AUGGCUUCAGAAAAGCCUUCGGUGCUGAUAAUAGGAGGGCUGGGUAAGGCUCGCGCUGGGCACAACCCAAGCUACACCGGGCGACACCUCACCAAGUACAUCCACGACAACAACCUCGCCUCGCAGAUUCGCAUCGUCGACAAACAUCUCCCGGAGCUGGCAUGGCUUGCACCUGAAUUCAAGGAGGCGUGCUCAAGAGAGCGAUUCAUACAGGCGGAUGCGGCGCAGGAGAAAUCCCUCCCGCGAAUAUUCGACCGUGAAGGCGGCGCCGAAUUCGACUAUGUCUUCAACUGCGGCGGCGAGACCCGCUUCGCCCAAGACGAGAAGGUCUACGAGCUCCGCUCCUACGGCCUGUCCAUGGCCAUUGGUCGCGAAGCCGCGAAACGCAAGGUCAAAUGCUUCCUCGAAGUCAGCACCGGCAUGGUCUACAAGCCCGACAGCGCACCCAGCAAAGAGUCAGACAAGCCGAAACCCUGGUCGAAUCUCGCGAAAUGGAAACUCAAGGCUGAGGAGGACCUGGCCAAGAUCGAAGGCUUGAACCUGAUAGUGAUGAGGAUGGCACACGUCUACGGGCCGUACACGAGCAAAUACCUGAGCACGGCGCUUUGCAUGGCGAGGGUAUACCAGAGCAAAGGAAAGGAGAUGCGCUUCCUGUGGAAAGAAGACCUGAAGACGAACCUGGUGCACAUUGAGGACUCUACAAGAGCGCUGUGGCAUGGUGUCGAGUGGUACAUGAAGGGGCCCCCAGGACGCAGACCGGCACCCACCUUCAACAUCGUGGAUCAUGCGAACCACUCCCAAAAAGACACUGCCCAGCUCAUGGGUAAGAUCUUCAACAUCGAAACCGGCUUCCACGGCACACUCAUCUCAGCCUUUGCACGAUUGAACCUCGACCAUGUCGUCGACGAAGUCAACGACGAGACUUUAGACCCCUGGGCAGAACUGCAACAAAAAGCCGGCAUCAGCCAAUCGACACCGCUGACACCUUACAUGGAGAAGGAGCUGCUGAAAGAUGCAGAUCUGAGCAUGGACGGGAGUCUGUUCGAGAAGGAGACGGGCUUCAAGUACAACGUAGAGAAGAUCACCAAAGAAAAGGUCGAAGAGGUCAUUGAGAGCUACAAGAGGAUGAACUGGUGGCCAUAG